ACAAAGGAGAUUGCAUUAUCAUCAUUAUCAUAAUGAAUAAAUCAUUAUUAUUAUUAUUAUUACUAUUCUAUUUCACCUCAUGUAAUUUUUUGACCAUGGCGUAUAGUGGAUAUGGAAAUCAACGUGGACAAAGUUAUAUAAAUCCUGAUUAUCAACAAUCUUAUCAAAAUAAUAAAUAUAAUGGUGAUGACUAUACUAAAAAAUAUAUAAGUAGUGAUUAUGAUUCGACUACAAAUAAUGAAUACGGUAAUAAAUAUGGUAAUGAUUAUGUUAAAGUUCAAAAGAAGAAUAAUUAUGACAGUUCCAAUUAUCAACCAACGUCUUAUGAUUCAUAUACCGGUUAUAAUGGGGAUAAUUACAAUAAUAAUAAUAAUGAUUAUAAGAAUAACGAUUAUACACCAACAAAUAAUAAUUACCAAGCAAAUAAUUAUCAAGAUUAUGGAUCCAGUGAUGUAUCACCUACCAGUGAAUAUGGUAUUGGUUCAAUUGGUACUGGAGUUAUGUCCGGUUCUAAGUAUAGUCAUACUCAUUUAAAUAUUCAUGGUAAAAUGACUGGUGUUGGACAUCAAGAUUAUGGUGUACAUUAUUUAUCAUUGACUAAAUUCCGUAAAGGUGGUGGCUAUGAUAUCUAUGGAAAAAACGACAGUUUUUAGAUUAUGAUACAACAGGACAUGUGAAAAAUAUGGUAAUCAACAAAUGAAA